AUGGUAGUGCUAGCUAGUUUUUGUAAAAUAUUAGUUCUUUACGAAACCGAUAUUAACUCAUCAAGAUUACUCAACUCGGUGAUAGAGGCACGUAUAGAGUACGUAGAUCGGAUAUCAUGCAUCUUGAUCAUCUAGCGUGUUGUCGGUGAGAUGUACUGUAAGUGACGAUUAAUCGAUGGAGAGGUUUGAAAAUGUAUGACAUUUCCCGAUCAAAGGGGAGGAGGGUGGCGAAAGUGCGGAUGAAAAUAUCACAAGGGAAGGCAUGAAAAUUGCGUGAUAAUGAGGAGAGAUAUAGGGGGAGGACGUUGCUCAACUGAAUUGGAUUCCUGCUGACUCCUUGGACAGUCCGCUCGGAAAGUGACAGCACCGCGCCUGAGAUGGAUGCGCCGCUGCUCGACAGCGAUGGGGACUACCAACCGGUCAGGAGCCUGGGGGAGGUGGCGGCUCUGUUCUGGGCGGAGACCAUAAAGAUGUGGAAGAUCGCGGCCCCCAUAGCCUUCACCAUAAUCUGCCAGUAUGGGACCAACUCCUUCACCAACAUCUUCGUAGGUCACAUUGGCGACGUCGAGCUCUCUGCGGUCGCCAUAUCCAUAUCCGUCAUCGGCACAUUCUCCUUCGGCUUCAUGCUCGGGAUGGGAAGCGCGCUGGAGACACUGUGCGGGCAGGCAUUUGGGGCCGGCCAGGUGUAUAUGCUCGGGCUGUAUAUGCAGAGGUCGUGGAUCAUCCUCCUAGUCACCUCGGUCGCUCUACUUCCGAUAUAUAUCUUCGCCACGCCAAUCCUCAACCUCUUCGGGCAGGACCCUGAGAUAUCUGAACUAGCCGGGAAGUUCACUCUCCAGAUCAUCCCGCAGCUCUUCUCCCUCGCCCUCAACUUCCCAACUCAAAAGUUCCUCCAGGCUCAGAGCAAGGUGAGCGCCCUCGCGUGGAUCGGGCUUGUGGGCCUCCUCGUGCACAUAGGUCUGCUCUGGGCAUUUAUCUACCAGCUGCAACUAGGCAUGAGUGGCGCGGCCGUGGCCUACAACAUCACGAGCUGGGGGAUAGCCCUGGCCCAGGUGGGUUACGUGAUGGCCUACUGCAAGGAAGGGUGGGGUGGGUUCUCGUCGGCUGCUUUCCGCGACAUCUGGCCCUUUGUGCGGCUCUCCCUCGCUUCGGCUGUGAUGCUGUGCCUGGAGAUUUGGUACAUGAUGAGCAUAAUCAUCCUAACCGGGCACCUUGACAAUGCUGUCAUUGCCGUUGGCUCUCUCUCUAUUUGCAUGAAUUUUAAUGGGUGGGAGGCUAUGCUGUUUAUUGGAAUAAAUGCUGCUAUCAGUGUUCGGGUUUCGAAUGAGCUGGGGCUAGGACGCCCGAGGGCAGCUAAGUACUCCGUCUAUGUGACCGUGUUUCAGUCCCUUCUGAUUGGGGUGUUAUGCAUGGUUGCUAUCUUGAUAACGAAAGACAACUUCACAAUCAUUUUCAGUAACAGCAAGGAGCUGAGGGAAGCUGCGUCUUGCCUUGCGUAUCUUCUUGGUGCAACCAUGGUCUUAAACAGCAUUCAGCCUGUCAUUUCAGGGGUUGCAGUCGGAGGAGGAUGGCAAGCACUUGUGGCUUACAUCAACUUGGCGAGCUAUUACAUUUUUGGGCUGCCGCUCGGUUUUUUCCUUGGCUACUAUGCAAAAUUAGGAGUGGAGGGACUCUGGGGAGGAAUGAUAUGCGGAACGACUCUGCAGACUCUGCUACUGCUCCUGGUGCUUUACAAGACUAAUUGGAACAAAGAGGUGGAGCAGACGACAGAACGAGUGAGAAGAUGGGGUGGGAAAGACACUGUGGAGAAGCUUGAAAACAGCAUAUGAAUCAUUGUUGCAGUUCAAAUUACGUACUGCAAAAGGCGGUCAGGUUUCAGCUUUCUAGAGGUAGUAGUUCUGUUUAGUUUCCUUAUGUACUUGUUCUUAGAUCAGUAGCGGAUUGGGACUGGAUUUGGGACAUGUAUUGAGAAUGAGCUUAAAGCUGCACAAGCAAGCGUUACGAUAUAAGAACAUACAAUGUAGUCUCGUGA